AUGGGGGGAGACGGAGGUAGUUUGCCCCAGCGGGUGGACUUGGAAUCGCUCAAGGAACCCUUCUUCUGCUGCCGCUUCGGCUACCUCUACAACACGGAGCACGUCUUGAGCCUCAUUUUGGACAGGCAAGGCAAAAAGAAGAAGAAACGCAAAAUGGACGACUCGCGCUACGAAGCGUUUGCUCACAUCGGAUCCCUUAAAGACUUGGUGCUCUGCAAAAACAAAUUAAACGAAGAAAAUAAGUUGGUAUGCUCCAUCUCUAAUGAGAUUAUUAACCCCUCCUCCGGGGCUAUGUGUCUCUUCUCCUGCGGCUGCGUGUUCUCCAAAAAGGUUUUCAGUCACGUGAACAUAGCCAAGGAAAACGCGUGCAUAGCGUGCAACACAAAAUUCAAACCGACAGACGUGAUCGAAAUUGCGAACGUGGACCAGCCCCUCAUCGGAAAGAGAAAAAAAAAAAUGAAAACGAACAAGGAGCAAGUGGAUAAGGCAGAAAGGGACGACAAAAGCCAAACGGAUAAGAAGCGCCACGCGGAGCACAAGGAACAGGACCCCAACAAGUGA